GAAAGGGAGGGGGGGUCCUUCCUUUUUGCGUGCGUCGAGCUGUGCUGACGGCGUCUUCUUUGCCGGGCCUCUUCCCCGCCGCCAGUUCGACGCUACAAUGGCAGACCAGGCGCUGUCCUUCGCCAAGGACUUCCUAGCCGGCGGCGUGGCUGCGGCCAUCAGCAAGACGGCGGUGGCGCCGAUCGAGCGAGUCAAGCUGCUGCUCCAGGUACAACAUGCAAGUCAACAGAUUGCUGCUGAUAAACAGUACAAAGGAAUCAUUGAUUGUGUAGUUCGCAUUCCGAAAGAGCAAGGGGUAUUAUCCUUUUGGCGUGGAAACUUGGCCAAUGUCAUCAGAUACUUCCCCACUCAGGCACUCAACUUUGCCUUCAAGGAUAAGUAUAAGCAAGUGUUCUUGGGAGGAGUAGACAAACACACACAGUUCUGGAGGUAUUUUGCUGGCAAUCUGGCUUCUGGAGGUGCAGCUGGAGCUACAUCUCUCUGCUUUGUCUACCCACUGGAUUUUGCAAGAACCCGUCUGGCUGCUGAUGUUGGAAAGGCUGGUGCUGAAAGAGAAUUCAGCGGCUUGAGCAAUUGUCUAGUGAAAAUUUUCAAGUCUGAUGGCCUACGUGGUUUAUAUCAAGGGUUCAAUGUCUCUGUCCAAGGUAUAAUCAUCUACAGGGCUUCCUACUUUGGAGUUUAUGACACAGCUAAAGGUAUGCUUCCAGAUCCUCGGAACACCCAUAUUGUGAUAAGCUGGAUGAUUGCACAAACAGUAACUGCAGUAGCUGGUGUGGUCUCCUAUCCCUUUGACACAGUGCGUCGUCGUAUGAUGAUGCAGUCUGGGCGUAAAACAGCUGACAUCAUGUACUCUGGAACAAUUGACUGUUGGAAGAAGAUAGCAAGAGAUGAAGGUGGAAGAGCUUUCUUCAAGGGCGCGUUGUCUAAUGUUUUUCGGGGCAUGGGUGGAGCUUUUGUUCUUGUGUUGUAUGAUGAGUUCAAGAAAGUAAUCUAACUAUUUUACUAGAAUUGUGAGGUUAAAUUGAACAUACCAUGUAGCGUAACUUACCAUUAUGGACCAUUUGACUUUCAGAAAUUCCUGUGCAGAGUCUAUUUAUCGGGGCCAGAUCAGGUUUCUAAGUAGCGCUUAGAAACUACUUUCAGUGAACUGAUGUACUUUGGAAUACUGUUAUUGAGGCAUCAGAAUAGACUGUUCAGUUCACUGAUUGUCUGUUUCUGGUGUUUAUUAUAGUGGAGGUCUCACUAUGUCCAAGGGAGAUGAUCUGCGCUUGCCUGUAGAUCAGCUUGAAAUUUCAAGUCUUAUUUUACAGGACCAUAAAAUCAUGUUUGGAGAACUACUUAUGUAACAAAUCAUAGUUUCCCCCCACACACUUGUACUUAAGCACUAUGUACUGUUUGCACAGCUGAACAUCUAGCAUUUGUGUUCUUUUAAAUUUGGGGCAUUCCGUGAAACAAAAAAUGUACUUAACCCUGUUCCUUGUGUAGAAUUUACUGUUAUACAUGACCACUGGAAGCCUUCUACCUUUAAAGAAAAGACUUCAUUUUCAUUUUAAUUAGGCUUAUGUGAAUGGAAAAAGAAAGUAGGCUAUUAUAAUGGUUUAUUAUUAAAUGAUGAUGGGCAGAAUGCAGCUUGAGCAGUACCUUAGUAUCUUGUCAAUGUGUAUAUAAUGACUUGCUUUAGAAAUAGGUAAGUUUUAUAAAUGGAUAAACGGUAAAGUAACUUCAGGAGUGAUGAUCUUAUUUCUGUAUGUACUGUAUAUUAUAGCAUUCUGUUGAUCGAAAUCUAAGUUCUCUUCCACUAGGAAAUUACUAAGGAUGUGAUACAUUCCAUUGGAUAUAUGGUGUAAUGCUGGCAAGUUUAAAGUUGCACUAAGGUGUAGGAUGAAGGAUACUAGUAAUCAAAGGUAACUGGGUUGGAUGUUGAUGCUGCUCCUUAUAUGAAACCUGCAACAUUGUCCAGCAUGUUUUGGAUUUCUGACGGAACUGUAAAAGCUUCAAAUAAAGACUUUCUUGGGGA